AUGGGUUUCAACAUCCAACGGUGUGGUUAUCGUGAUGACGAUGCCUGGAAAGCCCUUAUCACUGCAUGGAAAGAAGAGGUUGCGUCAGGUAUUCGAGGACUCUACGUUGAUAGCGACCGCAUAGCAGACGCACUCGACAUGAAAUGCAAGCGAUUCACGCAGACUGGAUUGGGAAUCAUAUACAAGGGCAAGGAAAAGCGAGACCCGAUGUCUACUAUUCCGAAUACUGCGUGCAUGUGGAUGCCGAAGCACUCGACAGCUGUCUACAAUUCCUGGCACUGCCUGAAGAGAGGCAAUACCAACUCGGGAUGCCCAUACGCUACCCGCGAGACCCGGCUUUGGGGCAAGAGUCCUUACGUCAACAUUGUCCGGCCACCAACAUUGAAAGUUCUCAACUCUAUCUACCUUGACGAUAAGACAGAUGCGGAAGUGCCCGUCUCCAUCGAAGUGUUCCCGUGGACUGUGUUACAAGAUGUUUAUGAAGCCAUCGGUGAGGACUGGUUCUAUCAAGCCGUAAUGGAAGACUGGACUCACGACCAAGAUAGGGUCGUUGUGUAG